AUGAAAUACGCACUCGCUCUCGCUGCCUUGGGCGCCGCCGCUACUGCCUCUGACAGCCCUCUCCUCGUCGCUCGCCAGACCGACAACACCGACCAAUACAUCCGCGAAGUCUGUUUCCCAAACACCACAUCGCCAGUGCCUCCCUGUCAAGAAAUCAUCAACAUCGAGUCCGCGUGUCAACCCAACGGCACCGAACCUCUCGACUACUCAGCCCACCAACAAUGCAUGUGCAACGGCGGCAGCUACUUUAGCAACUGGCGCGGCUGUCUGAACUGCCAAUACGUCCACGGUACACGCAGUGAAGCCGUCGCCGAAGCCAACUACGCAAUCCUUUCUUCUGCAUCUUCGCAAUUCUGCUCGACUGCCACGCCCACGGCAAAGUUCGCGAGUUACUUUUCUGCUGUCAGCGAUUCAAGCCCGCAGACUGCCACUGGUGCUGCUACGACACUCAGUGAUCAGUAUCCUAGCCAGAGCGCUGUGAGUCUGUACUACACCGCCACUGGCAACCAAGGUCCUGGUGCCAUCACUGGCAGCGCAGCACAAGCUACCGCUGCAGUCUCGUCCAGUGGAAGUGCAUCGAGCAGUGGUUCUUUGGCGGCCAGCGCUGCAACUUCCGGUGCCAGCAGCAGCAGAGCUUCUUCUUCUGGCUCCAGCAGCUCUGCCAGACAGUCAAGCAGCUCGGCAAAGUCUAGCAGUGCGAGCCAGACUGGUUCGUCGUCUGUUGCUGCUUCGUCUUCGGCUGCGCAGACUGGUGCUGCAAAUGCUGUUGUUGUUAGUGAGGGCUUGCUCGCUGUUGUCGCUGGAGCCAUGUUGAUGCUGUAA